AUGAUACCACGUCGGAAGGUCAAGUCCAAUAGCGGUGCUGGUCUGUUGAACACUAUAAUAAAUAGUUUACCAUUCGAAUUACAUUUACCAGGUUAUCAGUACUGCGGACCUGGGACUAAUUUAGGAAAAAGACUUGCUCUCGGACAGACCGGCAUAAACGGUCUAGAUUCUCCGUGUAGAGACCACGAUAUAGCUUACGAGAAAAGUAAUUCCUUAUCCGAACGUAGUGCGGCCGACAGUAUUUUGGAAGAACGAGCUUGGAGCAGAGUGGGCGCGAAAGACGCUGGUUAUAAGGAAAAAGCUGCCGCGUGGCUUGUAACCACUGGUAUGAAGGCUAAACGUAAAACUGGUGCUGGAUGCGGGUUCGGUAAUAUUGUCGGUGCGUGUAAAAAAGCAAUUAAAAAAUCGAUUAAAACGUGCCCGUCGACGCCGAACAUGAGUAAAUUAAUUAAAUCUGCGGUAUGUGUUGCACGAAAACAUGUGAAAACAAACAAGGGCGUUCGAUCGAGGAAAAAUAAAAAUGAACUACCUCGUGUGAUCAAAGUCCCUAAAAUCGGUGGAGCGCUAGCGUUAAUUCCUAUAUUGGCUGGACUUUCGGCGUUGGGUUCGCUGGCGGGCGGGGUGUCUAACAUCGUGAAGACAAUACGCAGUAUUAGAUCGAACAGCGGAUCGCCUAUACAAUUAGGCAAAGGCAUGUAUCUAAAUCCACAUAAAAGUGGUGGGGGUUCGUAUACUAUUGCCCGGAAAUCGAGUGUUCGUGGUUCGCGCAAAAGCAUCGGUAAUGGACUUAAGAAGGUCGCUGUUAAAAAUAAAUUUAAACCAGAAGGAUAUAGACCAAUUACUCUACUGAACACCAUGUGCAAAAUAUUAGAAAAAAUUAUCAACCAUAGACUAACUUGGUUCCUUGAAAAAUACAACUUCCUUUCUAAACAACAAAGUGGUUUUAGAAAAAAUAGAAGCACAAUUGACAACCUCUUUCUAAUUAAACACGAAGUAAAUCAGACCUUCGAAAGCAAGCAAAUCAUGGGACUAGUUAAUUUGGACAUCUCCAAGGCAUACGACUCAACUUGGAGACAUAACAUAUUAAUCAAACUCAAUCGAAUUUUAGUCAAAGGCUUUACACUCAAUAUUAUAGCCGAUUUUUUAAAAGACCGCACUUUCCAAGUAAAAGCGAAUAACCAGAUGUCCAAUGAAUUCUCUCAAGAAAAUGGAGUACCCCAAGGCUCAGCAUUGUCAGUAACGCUCUUUCUGUUAGCUAUAAACGACAUAACCCAAUGCUGCUCCCUUCCCGUAAAAUGCAACCUCUUCGCUGACGAUUUUAAUUACUCAUGCCGAAGCAAUAACAUCUGCACAGUACAAACAUUUCUCCAGAUAACCACUAACAAUGUCGAAGAAUGGGCAGGAAAGACAGGCUUUAACUUCUCUCCCAAAAAAUCAAACUGCAUAGUAUUCACUCAAAAAAGAAAGGUAGGCCAACUUCAUAUUACUCUCGACGACAAGCCAAUUCCCAUCCAAAAAUCUGUCAAAAUCCUUGGUCUCUUUUUCGAUCGCCACCUCACGUGGGCAACCCACAUACAAUACCUUAAGACCUCAACCAAUAACGCAUUAAACCUACUCAAAAUAUUAUCUCACACAGCUUGGGGAGGUGAUUCUCAAACAUUAAUCAAGAUACACAGAUCUACUAUACAGUCCAGACUAAACUACGGUGCCAUUAUGUUCAAAUCUGCAUCCUACUCUACGCUAAAAUCAAUAGAUGCUAUUAAUAACAGCGGGUUAAGACUGGCUAUAGGCGCAUUCCGCAGUAGCCCAAUUUUAAGCAUUUAUAACAUAGCCGGAGAAUACCCUCCCGAGUUAAAAAGGACAGACUUAGCUCUAAAAUACUUGGUUAGAACAGUCAGAGCCAAAUUCAUUCCACUCACUGAGGAAAAUACUGAAAUUCACCAAGAAUUAAAUGUAAACGGCAUUGACCCGGCUCUAAUAAUAUCAAGAGAACCAAUGAACUAUCCCCCGUGGAUAGCCCAUUAUUCAAUAAAUACAGAAUUAACUUCCUUCCUAAAACCCCAAACCCCUCCCUCAGUAUACAGAAGUCACUUUCUCAGUAUAUUAGAACAAUAUAAAGACUACCAAAAAGUAUACACGGACGCUUCUAAGUCUUAUGACGAAGUAGGGUUUUCAAUAAUAUUCCAAAACAGAAAUCUACUAUUCAAACUUCCAAGAACAUGCUCCAUCUUCUCGGCUGAAGCAAUUGCAAUACUCGAGACAUUAAAAAUAAUAUUACACGAAGACCACCCAAAACAUAUUAUAUGUAGUGACUCCCUAAGUACCCUCACCAGCAUCAAAAACCAAUUCCAUCCUGGAGAUAUCGCAAUAAAAAUACAAAAUAAACUAAACGAGGCCUCAAUUAGAAACAAACAUAUCACGCUAAUGUGGGUUCCCGGACAUUCGGGCAUCAUUGGUAACGAACUAGCAGACCAACAGGCUAAAAUUGCCACCUCAAACUCGGGAGUAACAGUAUUACCAGGGCUAACAUACGAUGACUUAAAAUCCCAUAUUAGUGAGAUGUCCAACGACAAAUGGCUUCGGGUAUGGAAGCAACAAACUACCAAACUGAACACAAUUAAAACUUCCAUCAACCGAUGGAUUAACAGUUCUUUAAAAAGGAAAGAAGAAAUAAUAUUAAACCGCCUGCGCAUCGGACAUACUAGACUUACCCACGGAUACUUAAUGGCCAAGGAAGAAGCUCCUUUAUGUGAUGCUUGUGGUUUAAGAUUGUCCGUGAAACACAUAAUAACGGAAUGUUUCAAGUACGAACAAGAUAGACAAAAGAUCGGAAUCGACGCGACACUCGGCUCCGCACUGGGACCAGAAUCCGAGGACAACUACAAGAUAAUAAACUUCCUAAAAUCAACUAAUUUAUGUAACUCAAUCUAA